GCUUGUUUCAUCUUUCCUUCCUUCCUCGGCCUUUUCCGUGAGCUCGCUGCUCGCCGCGGUGCGUGUCGGUCGGUUACUCGAUCGGUCGGUCAGUUCGUGCGUCAGAGACCAUCGCUUUAACCAAGGAUCUCGCUUGUACGAGCGAGCGAGUGGGUGAGCGAGUGAGCGAGCGAAUGAGUGAACGAGCGAUCCCGCGGUCAUCGUGCGCGCCCGCCGUUCACGACGGUUUCCUUUGUGUUCUCUCUCUCUCUUCCUCCUCACACCUUCGUCUUUCUCGCUUUCUCUCCCUCUUCGUGUAUCCGGCGCGCACACAUCAGGCACACACAGUGUUGUCAAAAAUCCGGCAGCGGCGCGCCGGAGCUGCACGCAGCUGCCAUUGCUGUAACUGUCUGGUUUUCGUUCGUAGCUCGAUAAAUACGUUCCUCCGAUCUCUCACGGACUGAUAUCGACGUGCCGUUCGUCAUCGUUAUCAUCGUCAUUAUCAUCGGCAUCGCUGUCGCCACCACCACUGUCGUCAUCACCACCACCGUCGCCGCCGCCACCGCUGCCGCUGCCGUCGUCGUCGCAACCGCAACAGCAAUCGCUCACACAAUCACAGCCGCCUCGUCACUGUUGCAGUCAUCGUCGUCGCUGUCGUCGUUGUCGUUGUCUUUACCGUCGUCGUCGUCGUCGUCGUCGUCGUUGUCGUCGUGGAAACGGUCGGUGAGAAUGUAUCGCCGUUAACAACUGCGCGCGUACGGAACAUGUUCGGGCAACGACCGUAGCAAGCGGCAUCCUCCACGGCAUCUCGCCAGACGCCGCCGGCUCUCUCCGUACGGGAGCUAACCUCCACGAGGCCCGAGGGUGCAUCUUCCCCAGCACGUUUGGCCGUACCGCGUUCGCCGUGCCCGGGGACAGCGGCGCGGCCUGACAACACGAGGACAUGAAGUGGCUCGGCGCGAGCAGCGGAGGCGCCGGGGGCGAACCGGCAUCCUCCAUGCAGCUGCAUCACUCCUCCGCCAACGGCCACAUACCCACGGAUACGGAACAGUGUGGGCAAGUUAUGGCUGGUGGUGAUAAUAUGCGAAUCCAACCUGGUCAGACACAUCAGAUGGGAGUGAGUAGAACUCAAGACGAUGCUAUGGUUGGUUAUGUAUUUCAACGACCUACAGAGCCAGAAUUUAACACCCAAUCUUUGACUUUCCAAGCAAAACAAGCUCCAAGAGCUUGGGCAUUAGCAGAUGAUGUUAUUGUCGAUAAUAAUCAAGAGAAAUGGAAAUAUUCUAUGACUAAACUUGGUGUACCUCAACAAAGUCAAUCUCAACAAUUGGGAUUAACAAUGAACAAUGUACACUUGAGUAAUGUUCCCUAUGAGAUACAUCCUAUGCAAUUAAAGAGUGGUGCACCUGGUGCAGAACAUUUAGUUUAUCUAAACAAUCAAAUGACUGCUCAACAACAAGUUGCUCUCUUCCACCAUCAACAGCAACAACAGCAACAAUUUAGGAAUGGACAGAUCGCUCCCUCGACAAAAAAGCUCUGGGGCGUGGACGAGGGCGGCUCCAAGGACGAAGGGGGUGUAAAAGGUGGUGGGACCCUGCUUCACCUGGGAGACCACCCGACUACCAUGUGGCGGGAUUCCACCUGGAGUACAACGUCAGAUCAUGCUGUCUCACAACCAAUUUCAAUGGGUACGGGUAGACGUGUGGGAGUUGGAACGGGAUAUCACCAUCAAACAUCAGAAGUCGGGACAGUACUUAGUCCUAGAAGCAGUGAAACAGGUGGUUUGGGAGUUAAAAUGGUUGAAUACGUUCUUGGAUCAAGUCCUACUACACCAAAAGAUUUGGAACCACGGAUGGUUUCUCUGAGAUUAAAUACUGAUGCAGACAAGAAAGAAAAAGAAAAAGGUUCGGCAAGUCCCUUUGAUAACACAAAGGAUGAUGCUGGACCGCAGGGUAAUGGAUUAACGUCUCAAAAUGGUUUGGAUGACGACAAAGGAUUUAAUCGCACACCCGGAAGCCGUCAACCGUCACCGGGCGAGGAAGAAUUUCAGAAGAAUGCUGCCGCCACUCUAGCUGUAAGCGCCGGUGGCGGCGGUGUUGUCCUGCUGAAACCCGGGAUUGACGUUGUCGGCAGCGAAGAACAUUUCAUGGCAGCAUUCGCGCCGGCUCCGCCGCAUCAUCUUCAGCACCAUCAGGCACCACCGACGCAUCAUUUGCAACAUCCGCAUUCGCAUGCAGCAGCGCAGCUGUUUGGGGCGCAAGCUCCGCCGCCGCCGCUUGGUCCACCGCCCUCGCAACAACAGCAACAACAAGGUCCUCCGCAACCGCAGGACACCACUACGCACUUAGACGUCCAGCAAUUGUUUCGCAGUCAGCCGCAAGGUGCAACGCCGCAACAGCUGCAACUUCUGCAGCAGCAGCAGCAACAACAACAGCAGCAGCAAUAUCUGGCUGCAUCUCAGGCGCAGCAGCAGCAACAACAACAGCAACAACAAUUCCCCACGGCCCCCUACACUGUUAUCAGUGGCCAGGAACCUUACGUGGGUGCGCUGAUAGCUGGCGCACCACCUCCAGUGGUACCGCAGUACUAUGGAGUCGGACCCUGGGUCUAUCCGGCCGGAUUGCUGCCGCCACAGGCACCACCCCAGGCGGCCGCGCCACCACCCCGACGACCGCUCACCCCGUCCUCGGCGGCGGCCGCGGCAGCCGCCGCACAGGACAGCGCCAACAAUCUGGCACAAACGGUACAGGGUCAGUAUCAGGUGAUACCGGCUUACUACGACCAGAACGGUUCCAUCGUCAUGGGAGGCGUGCGCGGACUAAGUUCGGCGGCAACCCCCAUGAGAUUAGUCAGUCCAGCGCCUGUUCUCGUAAAUAGAGCCCCGUCUCAACCACCACCAGGUCCACCAGCUCCGCCACCGCCGAAUCUAUAUUCCCAGCCGACUCCGACAUCACACAGCAACGCUACGCCCGGCGAAUGCUUAGGUCUGGCAGCGUGCAGCGCAGCGGCGGUGGUCGCGCAAGCUCAGGCAGUUGCGGUGCAACAGGCGCAGCAGCAGGGCUCGGGACUUGCCGCGGGUUUAGCGGCACUAGGAUACGGCGGAUCCCCGCUCGGGGCACUGGGCUCACCUGCCCAACUGAACACAGGUUUAAGCCUCGGUGCGUCUUCAACCGGCAGACGAGAUUCCUUUGAUAGAAAUACUUCAGCCUUCAGUCCAAGCUUGGAAUAUAGCCGGGCGAAGUGGCCUCAGAGUUACGGCGCCCUCGGUACAGUUACUGCGUCACCGAGUCCCUUGGGCUUGUCAUUAACACCGCCACCGACUUUAGGGGGAUCUCUGGGUGGUCUUGUCGGAGGAACCAAUCGAGUAUCGGCGGCUCCCGGUGCCGAAGCCAAGUUCCGCGCCAGCGCGGUUCCCACUCUAACAGCCAACGGCGUGUUUGGCUCUAGUAGCUCUCUGUUCCCUAAUCUCGUGGGUAAACCUGGCCGCGGAGGUGCCGCUAAUAUCAGCGACAAGAAUUCCGGAGGACGAUCCCGCCUAUUGGAAGAUUUUCGAAAUAAUCGUUUCCCCAGUCUUCAACUGCGCGAUUUGGCUAAUCACAUAGUCGAGUUCAGUCAAGAUCAGCAUGGUUCACGAUUCAUUCAGCAGAAAUUGGAACGAGCAUCAGCCAGCGAGAAACAGCUUGUGUUCCAGGAGAUUCUAUCCUCUGCAUAUUCCCUCAUGACGGAUGUCUUCGGAAAUUACGUUAUUCAAAAGUUCUUCGAAUAUGGCACCCAAGAACAGAAAUCGACUCUCGCUCAAAAGGUACGUGGACAUGUUCUGCCACUAGCGCUGCAAAUGUAUGGCUGCAGAGUCAUACAGAAGGCUCUCGAAUCAAUUGGACCAGAACAACAGCAGGAAAUCGUGCGGGAACUAGAUGGACACGUAUUGAAAUGCGUCAAGGAUCAGAACGGGAAUCACGUUGUUCAGAAAUGCAUCGAGUGUGUUGAGCCGCGAGCAUUGCAAUUCGUGAUAGGAGCUUUCGCAGGACAGGUUUACUCUCUGAGUACUCAUCCUUAUGGCUGCCGAGUAAUUCAACGCAUUCUCGAACAUUGCACCCCGGAACAAACCCAAGGAAUCUUGCAAGAGUUGCAUGCUGCCACUGACCAGCUCAUUCAAGAUCAAUAUGGAAAUUAUGUUAUUCAGCAUGUGCUUGAACACGGAAAGCCAGAAGAUAAAGCACAAUUAAUUAGCAGCGUAAGAGGCAAAGUACUUGCUCUUUCGCAACAUAAGUUUGCAAGCAAUGUAGUUGAGAAGUGCGUAACUCAUGCUACGAGACAGGAACGCGCUGUAUUAAUCGAGGAAGUUUGCGGCUUUAAUGACAAUGCGCUGAACGUGAUGAUGAAGGAUCAGUAUGCUAAUUACGUGGUUCAGAAGAUGAUUGACGUCGCGGAGCCAGCGCAACGCAAGGUGUUAAUGCACAAGAUUCGUCCACAUUUGGGAAGUCUGCGCAAAUACACCUAUGGCAAACACAUCAUCGUUAAAUUGGAGAAAUUCUUCAUGAAGACCGCUUCGGCGAUGGGAGUAGGAGCGACGCCCACUGGUACGUCGACGAGCAGCGGAGGUGGCGAUCUCGGUCCGAUUGGACCGCCCGCAUCUGCCGCUUCCGGUCCGGUCUCGACUUCGAACCAGCAGUCAACGCAGGUUUUAUAAACGCACGCGCAUGGGAUUGUCUUUGUCGCGAGGAGGAAAAAGAAAAAAAAUCCGCAGAGACAGAGACAAGAACCACAAUGUUUGCACGCCGCGUUAAUAUACCUUACUCUUUUUACCUUAGCGAGAUCUGUUCUAUCUGUCGACGGGAAAUGACAAAUUUCAACGAAUUUCCCUCGCUUAUUUCUCUUCUCGUUUUGCUCCUUGUCUUUUAUAAACGAGAGAUAAAGAGGCGAAAAAAGAAAGAAAUUUCUCGGACAUUGUUUCUCGUGAGAAAUUUGCUACUGUAACGAUUUCUUUUUUAUCUUUGCAAUCGCGAAAUCGACGAUAUUUGUACAGUACUUCCCCAAUUUUUUCGGGACCCGAGCAAUGCGAGAUCACGUUAUGAAAAAAAUCCGUUUUAAGAGAAAACCUCACGAAAAGCAGUCUGUAGAAAUGAGAAUAGAUAUGUUGUAGCGCAUUUUUCUAUCGUUUUGCAAUACGUACCCCUACGUGAGGGGGAGUAUCACGCGCGUAGAGAUAUUCGCAUUACCGAGUAUAUCGAGCAUAUUGAGUAGAGGCACUAUGAUUUUCGGUUUGCAAAUGAUGUUUCUCACGAUCGGCUCGACGAGUUUCAGGCACAUUUUACAACUAAUUGGCGCACAUUGAAAGAUAAGCAUUGGCUAUCUUGUGCGUAUAAAAUGUGUUAAAUUUCGUACAGAUCCGAAAGAAAGGAUCGCUCGAUUAUUGAAUUUAUCGUGCAGGGCAGUUACGCUGAAUUUAUUAGAUACAUUAUGUCCCCUCAAUUCAGCACUUGAAA